GAAGCAUUGUCGCAGAUGGUUUCAAAUAUCCAAAUGAACGCAGCAGCAAUUUUUUUAAUCUGCCUGGCUUUCUCUUAUGGAGCGAAUAUUCCUUCAAAACCAUGCCCUUUGGAAGCCAGUUGCGGUAAAGCUAAUGCAUCCACUGCUAUUUGCGGAUUGGACGAGGAAGCGGGAUGUAUUCUGAAGUAUCCUUCUAGGUGUCAUUUGGAUAUUGCAGCUUGCCAAGCGGGGAAAAAUUUAACUGACUAUAAUGAACUAUAUUGUUCAAUGGAAUCGUAUUUUUGCGAAAAAUCACCGACAUACGCCCGCUGGACUAUUUUCUUUGGCAAUGAAGACGUCUAAAAAUAUGGGGAACGGUACUCAAAAAUUACGCUUAUAUCUGUAGCUUGAUUAUUCUUAAAUAAACACAAGUUUCCUGAGUUUA